UUCGACUUGUUCGUUUUAUUUCGAUUAAAUCGGUGCAAUUACAACGGCAUUAGUGCCUUCGGUGUAUAUAUCUUGUUCAUAAAUUUUCUUAUAAGAAUUUUAAGGAAAAUUUUUUGUUUGAAGAUUUUCAUUUUAAAGUUCACUAUUUGGUAACUAACGGUUUUUUUUUUUUCGUUGGAGAAACUUAUUUACGCAAACACAAAAAUGUUCUCAAAUAGCCCAAUAAUGAAACUUAUCGUUUUGCUUUUCUUCAUCGCUGCGACUACCGCAUCACCGAUUUUCUUUGGCCAUCAAAAGCAAACGCAAAUUUUCAUAACUCCACGAAAGGAUACUGUAUCGAAGACGGUCAAUCAAAUUCCAGCAACAGUGGUCAAAAAAAGACCAGCUGCUGUCAAUUUGAGUGUUCCAGUACCAAUACAUGUCCAAUUGCCCGUUCAAUUGCAUUUACCACAAUUUGCAAAACCAAGUACGCCACAAGAAAUGAACAAACUUUUUACCGAAAUGAAAAAUAGCAAAAAACCAUUUAUGACUGUAUCAAUGAAAGGACCACCAAAAGCGUCAUCAUUAUUCCCAGAUCCAUUCAAUCUAUUUAAUGAUGACAACAGUGAACACAUCGUCGUCCAUGUGCCAUAUAACGUGCAUACACAUAAUAUACAUCAUCAUCACAUUCAGACCGUGCCCGUUUACAAGCAUAUACCAGUUGUGAAGCACGUGCCAAUUCAAAGUCCAAUAAUAGUCAAAGAAGUGGCAAUUCCAGUACAUCUUCCAGCUUACAAAGAGGAAUGGAGUCCUCCACAACAACAAUGGUGGUAGAUGGAUGACCACACGCAAUCGCAGUUGACAGACAUGAUGAUCAUAUGAGUUUGAAAGUGUAAAAACAAAUUGAACAAAAACUAAAAUCGUCUGAUUGAAAUCAGCAAAAUACAAACAAAAAAAUAAAUAAAUUUCAGCAUUUUUUUCUUUCUAAUUGUUUUGAAAAAAAAAAAAAAAAAAAAAGAAUUACUGCAAAUCAUUCGAAAGAGACUUAAAUAAAGGUGGUUGCCUUGUCGCCUAACUUUGUACCGUA